UUUAAUGUUAUCAUCAUCAUCAUAUUAUAAAUAUCAUCCGUGUCUUGAUCAAAUUUCCUCAUCAUCAUCAUCAUCAUCUAAUUAUCAUCAUCAUCAUUCGUACAAUGUGACUUUCUUUCUUCUUUUUUUCUAAAUUUUGUGACGUUGUGAAUUUCUCUCCUGCGUUUGUGUGACCGUCAUCGAUUUGUUUGUUUGUUCGUUUUGUUGUAUCUUAUUUCCUUUUUUGUUUAAUCGAUAAAAAAUUAAUUGAAAGAAAGAAAACAACAACAUCAACACAAACUACGUUGCAUUUGUUUUGUUUUUUAUUGGAUUUUUUCUUGAUUCUUGAUUUGUGCUAUGUCUUCGAACGAAAUUGGUCAUCAUAAUCAUCAUCAUCCACGAAAUGUCGAUUACAAUGAUCAUCAUCAUCAUCAUGAAUUGAUUGAAGAAGAUUCUUCUUCAAUCAAUAAUGAAAUUGAUUAUCAAAUUCCUGAUAUUAAAGAAUUUGAUCCAAAAAUUCGUGAUCUACUUGAUGAUUUGAAUCGUUAUUCAACAAAAAUCAAUCAAUUGGAACAAUGUUUUCAAGAAGAAAAUUCAAGAUUUCAUCGUGUUCUUAAUGAAAGUUCUAUACAAUUGAAUAAAAUAUUUAAAAAAUGUGGUGAACGAAACAUUUCUACCUCUCGACCUUAUUAUGAAGCCUUACAAAAAUUAAACGACCUUAAAAUUAAGUGCCAAACAGCAGCUUUAAAAUUUGAAAAAUUUAAUGAACUUUAUAUGAAUGCUAAACAGGCUAUUUCGGAUGCUGAAUUAAUGUUUCAUAAAAAUAUUAAAGAUGAUGGCCAUUUUGAUCAAUAUUGGCAGGAAAAGCUUAAUAUUGCUAAUUCAAAAUUUAUGGAAGCUAAAUUAAAACGUGAAGAACAUGAAUUAGAACAUUUAAGUUUAAUGGCACAAAUACGUUUACUUGAAUAUAAUUCAAAUGAUUUGAAAACAAAACAUAAAAAUUCAAUUAAACGAGCCAAGCCUUAUUUUGAUGAAGCACAUAAUAUUGAUUUAAAAUUGAAAAAAAUUCGUGAUGAUACAAAAUUAUUGGAAGAAGAAUUGGCCAAAUGUAAAAGUCAAUAUUCAACAACAUUAAAAAAUUUAGAAAAUAUUUCGGAAGAAAUUCAUGAAAAACGUGCCCAAUAUAUUGCCAAAUCAUUAAAACGGGAACCAGGUGUUGGUGCCGAAAUUAUCGAUCAAAAUUGCCUUGAAAUUGCUGAAAAUUUAUCCAAAAUUGAAUUGAAUCCUGAUGAAAAAAAUACCGCAACUGAUUUUCAUUCAUUAUCAACAACAUUAUCAUCAUCAUCAUCAUUAUCAUCUUGAUGUUUUAACAAAAAAAUAUCUGUGACCGAAACAAAACAAGCAUAAAUCUCUGAUCAUAUAUGACCCCUAUGUAUUAUGAUUAUAAACUGAAA